AUGAAUAAGGCUAAGGAAGUCUCAAUUCCACUUACGGGUCACUUUAAACUGAACAUCAAGCAGUGUCCUACAAGUGAGAAAGAUAAAGAAGAUAUGAAAAAGGUUCCUUAUGCCUCGGCUGUCAGUAGUUUGAUGUAUGCCAUGGUUUGCACCAGACCAGAUAUUGCUGAUGUUGUUGGAGUAGUCAGUCGGUAUCUCUCUAAUCCUGGUAAGGAGCAUUGGAAUGCUGUCAAAUGGAUUCUCAGGUAUAGCAAGGGAACUUCUAGAUUGUGUCUAUGUUUCGGUAAUGGUAAAACUAUGCUAGAUGGGUACACUGAUGCAGAUAUGGCAGGUGAUCUUGACAAUGGGAAGUCCACAUCUGGGUACUUGAUGAUCUUUGUAGGGGGAGCAGUGUCAUGGCAAAGUAAGUUACAGAAGUGUAUCGCCCUUUCUAGUACGAAGGCAGAGUAUAUUGCAAUCACGGAAGCAUGCAAGGAGACUUUUUGGUUGCAGAAAUUUCUUCAAGAGUUGGGUAUGAAGCAAGAGAAGUCUUCUUCACGAAGUGGAACUGUUCCGAAAGCUUCACAAUUGGAUUCAUCAAGAGAAGAUUAUAUAAGUUUGCCUCAGGGUGAAGAAGAACUGAGAAUUAGCUACAUGGUGACCAUCUCAAGAAAUUGGAGCAGGGAAAAGAUUCAGCUUGAGAUUGCAAGGCAGCUAGAGCUCACUGUGGAAGGCCCUAAAUCUGGAGAUGAACUUACGAGCAAGUUAUUUCAUGCACUGCAAAGCAAGAAGUAUUUGUUGAUACUUGAUGACGUAUGGGACAAUAUUAAUUUGGAGGCACUAGGUGUUAAUUUGGAGAGCCAUUCUAGGUUAGUGGUGGCAACAAGAUCUGUUCAUAUUUGCAAAAUAAUGGCCUUGGAUCAACAGAUAGAAGUAAGUGCCCUUCCUUGGAAAGAAGCAUGGAAUCUAUUCCAAGAGCAGGUAGGAGGCCUCAUUGAUUCCCCCAAUAUAAGGCCUCGUGUGGUAGUAAUAGUUUCAGAAUGUGAUGGUUUGCUAUUGAUGAUAAUUGUGAUUGGAAGAGCCUUGGCUAAGGAAAAUGAUGUCUUGGGCUGGAGGCUUGUGCUGAGUAAUCUUUCAUCAGUUACCGAACUAAAAUCUGGUGACACCGAAAGUCAUGAUGAAGUUCUACUCCAAAAGCUAACAGUUGGUUAUGACAAAUUGCAUGACUAUGAUUUGAAGCAUUGCUUCCUAUAUUGUGUUUUGUUUCCAGAGGAUCACAACAUUCAAAUAACUGAGCUUAUCAAUUAUUGGAUCCAGGAAGGCCUUGUCACGGGGAAUCCAGUAGAUGCAUCAAGGAAAGGGUUCAGAAUUGUUUGGCAUCUUACUGAAGCCUCUCUAGUGGAACGUGUUGAUGGUAUUUCAAUUAAAAUGCAUAACUUGAUAAGGGAUUUGGCAUCUUGGAUCAUCCUAUCAGAAGAUGGAUCCUUGGAUUUCUUGGUGGGAAGGAAAUUCAACAAAGUUGGAAACCAAGAGCUGAUGUUGGGACCAAGGACAAGAUUAAUUACAUGCAGCCCCCAAAAGUUGCCCAGGGUAGAAGAUCGCCUCUUGUCAAGAGCUGGGGCAGGUUUACCAUUACCACCAACACAAAAUGAAUGGGAAGAAACUGAGAUGAUAUUUCUCAUGGAUAAUGGCAUUUCAAAGCUACCCAAGGAACCAAAUUGCCGCAAGUUAAAGAUGACAAAUAUAAGAUCCUUACCAUCAUUACUUUACAACUUAAGUGGACUCCAAGCGCUAAUUCUUUGCCAUUGCCCAUGCUUAUCUGAGAUUUCUCCCAGAGUUGGGGAGGUAAAGCCCAUAGAGAUUCUUGAUCUGACAGGUACUGAGAUUUAUAGCCUACCUGAUACCAUUGGCAAAUUAUCAUCUCUCAAGCAUCUUCAUUCACUGGAAGAAUUGAGCAUUGAAGUGCAACCCAGGGAUACUCAGUGGAAUACAGAUGCAGAAUUUGUUGCAGAGGAAUUGAGCAAUCUGAGCAAUUUGGAUACUCUUUGUAUUUGUUUCCCCGAAAUAAAGUUUCUAAAGACUUUCCUUGGAUCCAGUCCUGCUUGGAAAGCUGAUAAUUUGAGGAAGUUCAAAUUUGUCAUUGGCCAUGAUAUCAAAAGGUCGACAUCUCGUGUCCCAAGACGUACAGAGCAGGAUUAUGAUCAGGAACACAAGUGCUUGAGAUAUGUCAAUACUGAUAUUGAUCACAUACCUAAUGAAGUUAAGGAUAAAGAGGUUUGUGCUGCUGAAAUUCCAAAACUGAAAAAGUUGGAACUUCGUUAUCUGACUCAGUUGGUUAGAAUCUGUCAUCAAUCUUAUCAGCAUAUUGAGCAUCUCAAUAUUAAAUACUGCCCAAAGUUUGAGUCCAACUAG